AUGGUCUACAUUAAAGUCACCACUUUCCUUUCCCUCCUCGCUGCCGUUUCUGCCGCCCCAGCUUCUGAGCUCGAGUCCCGUGCUGUUCCAAAGGACACCGCAUUCGGUUUCCUCGCUCUUCGUUCCGCCUCCCCAAUUCACUACCAAAGCCUCAAUGCCUCUGGCGGAAAGAUCUGGUUGGGAAAGAAGACCUCAACCUACUGCCCACUCCCCGCGAAGCAAUGUCCAAAGGGCAAGGACACCUCCUUCUGGAUUAACAACCAGGGUGGUACCGCUGGAAUGAAUACUGUCGUUCCAGGCGGCCAACAAGUUUACAUCGGGCCUACCGGUGAACUGUCCUAUACUCAAGCCCACUCGGCUUUCAUCCCCACCGGAUCCACCCAGACCGGUUUCAAGGUUACCGAACGUAACAAUAUUGUCUUCCUUGAAAACUGCAACAACAGCUUCCUCGCUUGCCCAGUCAAUAAGAAAUCUAAGACCAGCGGCCCAUGGCAGGUGUUUGUUGACGUUAAGGGAAAGCUCAAGGACAAGGAUGUUCCAACUAAGUGCAAGAAGGACUGCUUGGGAUUCACCCCCGCUGGUGGCCCAGUAAAGGAUGCCGUCUGGCAAUACGCUUAA